UAAUUAAAUCAAUCUUAACGAAUGACUUAGUUUUUCUUUAACCGUAACACAGUAACAAUGAAACUUGUGAUUUUUGUUGUUUUCACAAUACUAGAUUAUGUUUGUGGUGCUCGUAUAUUAUGCGUUUUCCAAAUGCCAGCCUUUAGUCACCAAAGAGUGUUCCAGCCUAUUUGGAGAGAGUUAUCUUUACGAGGUCACGAAGUAGUUGUGGUAACACCUAUACCACUUAAGGACCCUUUAUUAACAAAUUUAACUGAGAUCGAUGUUAGUGCACCAAAUAGUGAACUUAUCAGGAGACACGGUUUUCAGUUUUUCAUGAACAAGGAAUAUGCUGUUCAUACGAAAAUACCGAAAAUAUUUGCGAUGCAUUACGACUUUGCCGAGGUAAUAUUAAAGAAUGAAGAGUUUAGCAAAAUUUAUAACAAUUCUAAUCAAAAAUUCGAUGUUGUGAUUGCUCAGACGUAUAUUUCACCCAUACUUUAUAGUAUAGCUGCAAAAUUUAAAGCACCGUUAAUAGGAAUUUCUUCUAUGGGAGCAUACAUUGGCACUCAUUUUGCUAUGGGUAACCCAAAUCCACCAUCCUUGUACUCAGAAAUGUUCUUGCCGUACAAUGGAAAGCUUACACUAUAUGAAAGAAUAAAAAGUACUACUUACUAUUUAUUUGUUCGAUUUUAUCGAACAUUUGUGAUAUUACCUGAGGCAGAUGCAUUAGCUAGGAAAUAUUUGGGCAAUGACAUACCAUAUAUUGAGGACAUUGAAAGAAAUAUGAGCUUGUUGUUAAUAACCACCAAUCCAUUUAUGUACACACCUAGACCAACCAUACCCACUAUUGUUAGCUUGGAAAGUAUUCAUGUUAAACCGACAGAACCUUUACCACAGGAUCUAAAAAAAUUCUUGGAUGAAUCCAAAGAGGGCGUAAUAUACUUCAGUUUGGGCUCAAACGUUCAAAGCGUUAAUAUUCCUGGAAGAGUAAGAGAUACCUUGAUAGCUGCCUUUUCUGAAUUACCCUACAAAGUGUUAUGGAAAUUUGAGGCAGAUACUCUGCCAAAUCAGCCAAAAAAUGUUAUUACUAGAAAAUGGUUACCCCAAAAAGAUGUUCUUGCACAUCCAAAUAUUAAAGCAUUUGUAUCACAAUGCGGUUUACAAUCGCUGGAAGAAUCUAUCUCUAGGGCUGUUCCUAUUGUAGCAUUGCCAUUCAUUGCUGAUCAAGAGAUGAAUGCACAGCGUUUGGCAGAACUUGGAGUGGCAGUAAAUCUUAAUUAUGUUACGUUCACAAAAGAAGAACUUAAGAAGGCUAUAAUUGAAAUCGCUGAAAAUUCCAAAUAUAGAAAAAAUAUGGAGCGUUUAAGACAAAUCUGGACAGAUCAACCGAUGAGUUCACUUGAUAGAGCUGUGUGGUGGAUAGAAUAUGUUAUUAGAUAUCAAGGUACCCCUCAUUUAAGAAGUCCUAUCGCAGACAUAUCUUGGAUCGAAUAUUUAUUAUUAGAUGUAAUAUGUGUUGUUGUAACAGUUGGUUUAACUGUUUUGUAUAUAUUAAAGUUACUUGCUGGAUCUCUUUGUAAAUUGUGCACUAAAAACAGUAGAAAACAAAAAUCCAGAGAAAAUAAAAAAUUAAAAUAGACAAA